AUGGCGCCGGGCAAACAUUCCCGGGUGGCUCGAGCCGCUGACGCCGGCGGUUGGGGUGCAGGGGCUCCAGCAGCAGCCGGGACGGGGGCGGCUGAGCCGUCCCUCCCCAGCCUGUCGCCACCAUGCCCAGCUCUCCGACCGACAGUCGCAAGCCGCCCAACUUGGCGCUUCGUAACUUGGAUGCCUUCGUGUUGUGCGCCGAUGCUACCAGACCAGCAUUACUAUGCUGGGCUGCGCAGGAUUUUUCUGCCAUCUCUCAUUCCAUCCUACCUUAAAACACUGUCCUGUGUAGAACAUUCUACUAGCACACAGCUAUCCAACUUGACUGCCCUAGAACUUGACAUGAAUAGUUUUAACAAAAAUGGGAAAGACUGCAAAAGAAGGAGAUUUGCUCAACAAGAUGAUGUAGUAGUCAUAGAGGUUUCCAGGAGCUUAAUUUUGAACAGUACUAAUGUCUUACAACCAAGGAAGUCUAUUAGCUUUAUUGGCCCAGUAAAAGCAACUGCAUCCAAAGGAUAUGCUGGUGCAAGUAUAAGCAGACUAGGUAUGUCAAGAACCAUGGUUGUUUUGCCAGAGAUGAAAACAACAGAUAAAGAUAAAAUGAGUAUUCCCACCACUAAGACAAUACAGGUAUUUGAUAUGAAUGGAGUUGAUGUUACUCCCAGACCUCUUUACCAUCCAGAUCCACAUGUUGGUACACCAAAGCCAAAUAAGCUAUUGACAUCACAGGAGGGAUCACUUGGAUCGGAUUUUAUUAGUUCCUAUAGCCUGUAUCAGAAUACAGUAAAUCCUAGCAUGUUAGGGCAGUUUACAAGGUCAGUUUUAGGAAGCAGUACAGUUUCUAAGUCAAGUGUAUCAACAACUGAAUCAAUGACUGAAGACCUAGAAGAACCAUCCUUUAAACGAGAAAGACUGGCUAGUUUUACAGAAUUACGAGUUGUGAGAGCAUCAACACAAGAGAUAGUUGUAACAAAAGAAGACCUAGAGAAGACUAUUGAGAUAAUACUCACAGAGACGGAAACGCUGAGAUUAUUUGACCUGCCAACAGUCAUGAUCUCUGUGGAAUCUGAAGACGCUGAAAAAAUAACCCAGAAAAAUAAGAAUUAUGAAAUCCUUUGUAAAAAUAGAAUAGGCAAUGACUUAUAUGUUGAAAGGAUGAUGCAAACAUUUAAUGGAGCACCAAAGAAUAAAGAUGUUCAAUGUGAUAAAAUCCUACUGGAAGAAAAAGGUGUAAUGGCCACUACUUGGGAUUUGUAUGAUUCUUAUGAUGUUCUAGAACUUUCACCUUCAUUAGUAAAACGAUCUGCAGUAGAUAUGACUAGUAGUAAAGCAAGUUUCUUUCCUAAAGAUCGAGACCAAAAAUUACUGGGAAGUGCCACCGAAAAAAAUAGUGAAGCCAGUUCUCUAAUGGAUAUAGAAAGUGUCAUUCUGGCUAAGGUUCAUGAUGAUGAAGAAGAGCACUCGGAUGCAAUAUUAAAAUCUGACAAGUUUCAGCAGGACUUAUUUUUCAUGGAACGGGUUCUAAUGGAAAAUGUAUUUCAGCCAAAGCUUGCUGCAUAUCGUCAGCUUCCUGUUUUUAAAGAGCCUGAGCCUGAAGAACCUAUAGACUUUUUAGAAGGUGAAAAAAAUGGAGAGGUAGAGGAAGAGAAGAAGGAGGAGGAAGAAGAAGGAGAAAUAGAUGAAGAACAAUCAACAAUACCAGCCAAUCUGGAACGACUUUGGUCUUUUUCCUGUGACCUAACCAAAGGCCUUAAUGUGAGCAGCCUUGCCUGGAAUAAAGCAAAUCAAGACCUUCUGGCUGUUGGCUAUGGGCACUUUGGAUUUAAAGAGCAAAAACGAGGAUUGGCUUGCUGCUGGUCGAUAAAGAAUCCCAUGUGGCCAGAACGCAUUUAUCACAGUCCACAUGGAGUUACUGCUGUGGAUUUUUCAAUUGGAACACCUAACCUGUUAGCCGUUGGCUAUCACAAUGGUACGAUUGCAAUUUAUAAUGUACAGAGCAAGAGUAAUGUUCCAGUUCUGGACAGUAGUGAAUCACCUCAAAAACAUUUGGGACCUGUUUGGCAAUUGCAGUGGAUAGAACAAGAUCGAGGAACAACAGGUGAUGACAAAAGAGAAAUACUAGUUUCUAUAUCAGCAGAUGGAAGAAUCUCCAAGUGGGUUAUACGAAAAGGACUGGACUGUCAUGAUUUGAUGCGAUUGAAACGAACUACUGCUAGCAGCAACAAAAAAGGAGGAGAAAAGGAAAAGAAAGGUGAAGCUUUGAUAUCCCGACAGGCUCCGGGAAUGUGUUUUGCUUUUCAUCCUAAGGAUACAAAUAUCUACUUGGCCGGGACUGAAGAAGGUCAUAUUCACAAAUGUUCUUGUUCAUAUAACGAACAAUACCUAGAUACCUACAGAGGACAUAAGGGCCCAGUGUAUAAAGUAACAUGGAAUCCAUUUUGUCAUGAUGUAUUCUUAAGCUGUUCUGCAGAUUGGGGUGUUAUGAUAUGGCAACAGGAGAAUCUCCAGCCAUUUUUGAGUUUUUACCCAACUACUUAUGUUGUUUAUGAUGUUGCCUGGUCUCCAAAAUCGUCCUAUAUAUUUGCGGCUGCAAAUGAGAGCAGAGUGGAGAUUUGGGACCUUAACAUCAGCACUUUGGACCCUUUGAUUGUGCAUAUUGCUAACCCUGGAAUCAAGUUCACAACUGUUCUCUUCGCCAAACAAACAGAUUGCCUUCUAGUGGGAGACAGUGAUGGACAGGUCAUUGUAUAUGAACUGAAAAAUAUGCCUACUGGUUCAGAUUCCAUCCGGGAAAAUAUAAUAAAUACUUUGCUGGGACCCAAGUCAAAUCAAUCAGGAUAA